GAAUAUCUAUCACAGAUGAGAAAACUUCAUUAUGCACCAGUUAUCCCAACGAAGCCAACCCUCACUACCAGUUAUGUUCAUGGUGCCAUGGAUAUGCCACUCAUUUCCAAAAGCGUUGGUCAAUGUCUUGAAGAUAUAGCCAAUAAGCACCCUGAUAAAGAGGCUCUAGUGUUUCUGCAGGAUGGAGUCAGGAAAACCUUUGGACAAUUGAAGCAGGAGGUUGACCAAAUGGCUGCAGGACUGCUCGCCAUUGGCCUGGAGAAAGGAGACCGGCUAGGCAUGUGGGCACCAAAUAUUUACGAGUGGGUUUUGAUGCAGUUUGCAACUGCGCAAGCUGGUAUCAUAUUGGCUAACAUCAAUCCAGCAUACCAGGCUCGUGAGAUGGAAUUCGUCCUGAGGAAGGUUGGCUGUAAGGCUCUGGUUUGUCCCAUAAAGUUUAAGACCCAAAUUUACUAUGACAUCAUUAAGCAGUGUUGUCCAGAAGUGGAAAAAGCCGCUCCUGGGGAUCUGAGGAGCAAAAGACUUCCAGAUCUGAGGACGAUCAUCAUGAUUGGUGGAAAGCCUCCUGGAACAUACAACUAUGAUGAGGUGUUUAAUGCAGCUUCAAGCAGCCAUCGAGAGCAACUACUGAGACUUCAAAAGAAAAUCAUGUUUGAUGACCCAAUAAACAUCCAGUUCACCUCGGGCACAACAGGAAAUCCCAAAGGAGUUACCCUAUCCCAUCAUAACAUUGUCAACAACGCCCGUUUCAUAGGAUACAGGAUGGGCUACAGUUGGCGGAAUACUCGGAUCAGUUCUCCAGUACCACUCUUUCACUGCUUUGGGUGUGUAGGAGCGACCAUGAACAUGGUCAUUUAUGGCUGCAUGGUGGUAUUUAGCUCUCCACAUUUUGAUGGACGGGCAGCACUUGAGGCAAUCCAGCGUGAAAGGUGUACAGUUAUUUAUGGGACACCAACAAUGUACCUUGACAUGCUGGGCCAGAAGGACUUCUCUACUUUUGACUUGUCAACACUUGAAGCAGCAGUCGUUGCUGGUGCUCCAUGUCCUGUUGAAGUGGCCAGGAAAAUCCAAACUGAAAUGAACAUCACUGAAUUUGUCGGAGCAUAUGGAACAACAGAAAACAGCCCGGUCACAUUUCAAGGAUUCCCAAUGGACGAAAUGACACGGAAACUAGAAACAGUUGGAUAUGUUUCCCCUCACACCGAGGCCAAGGUUGUGCAUCUCCAAACUGAGGAACUCCUUCCUUUGAACACAGCGGGAGAGCUGUGGAUCCGUGGAUACAGUGUUAUGUUGGGAUACUGGAAUGAACCAGAAAAGACAAAGGAAUGUAUCACACCAGAGGGCUGGUACAAAACAGGCGAUAUCGCCAAACUUGAUGCGUAUGGUUACUGUCAGAUUGUUGGCCGAUGUAAAGACAUGGUUAUCCGUGGAGGAGAAAACAUUUAUCCAGCAGAAAUAGAAGCAUUUCUGCAUACACAUCCAAAAAUACAUGAAGUCCAGGUGGUUGGAGUGCAUGAUGACAAGAUGGGUGAAGAGCUCUGUGCCUGUGUGAAAGUCCACGAUGGAAUGGAAUGCACAGUUGAGGAGGUUAAAACGUACUGUAAGGGACAGAUCUCCCAUUUCAAGAUCCCACAGUACAUGGUGUUUGUUAAUGAUUUCCCUCGGACUGCUAGUGGGAAGAUUCAAAAAUUCAAACUGAAAGAGCAAAUGGAAGUACAACUGGGACUUGGGUCUAAGUAAAGAAAGGUCACAUCAUUGUCACAGAGUGAAAUAUCAGGACUCCUUUCAUGCCCAAAAUCUUUUGAUUAUACUGUCCUAUAAUAGUGCCCUACCAUAGACAAUCCUCGCUUAGUGUAAACUAUACCCUUUUAUGGGCUCCAUUCUAUCAUGGCUUCUACUCAAAAUACUUAACCCAUGUGAAAAAGUCAUAUAAACUCUUCACAAUGUCCAAAUUAGAUCAAAUAUAACUCAUUACAGCAUUGUGCGACGUGCAAUAUUCUAUCCUUGGCCUGUCAUCUUCUACAAUGUCCCUCCUAUACCCCUAUAUAAUGUCAUUUGAACCUCUCCAUCAUUAUACAUCAGAAAGUUGACGCAAUGUUUGGAUAAAACAGCUCAAAGUCCUUGACAAUGAGGAAGAGCUUUGACUUCCAUCAGAAUAACAGUGGAAAGGAGGAAUAAAGAUGGUGCAGUUGAAUUCUGUUCUGGGGACACAGUUGGGUGGAAUACCGGCUACCAUCCUUUGCAUUGGUAUGAUGUUAACAAAACCUUCUGCAGGUGUGAAAAGUGUUGAACAGUAAAGAAACUGUUUUAUCAGCACAGCUCUAGUUUAAUCUCAGCUCUGUGUAUGCUUUCCCUUCAUUUGUCCUUUUCUGCUGCUUCAGCAAUAAAUUGAUCAUGUAAUGCCUGGUCUGAAGGAAAAGUUUAAUUCUGUAUCGAUAUCCUAUGUGCUUACAAUAACACAGCAAAAGAGAUCAUUAUUUUAUAAUAUUCAUACUUUCUGCAUUAUUCAUAUACUGCAACUCAGUGGGACUGCAUUCUUUCUCCCUCAGGUACUGUCCAUUUGAUUGAGGUGUGUCUUUCUUAAAGCAGUGUUUUAUUUAGUUGCUGUGGUAAAACACAUUUGCCCUUGGCAAGAAUCAGGGAUCCUGCAGGUCUCAUCCUGUUGGCUCUUUCAUAUUCGGGGUUUGGGACAAUUGCCAAGGCCUACUUAUAUGAGUCAUUGCAAGUGGUGACUCCAAGACCAAGGUGGGAAACAAGGGAGCAUCCUCCCCUCAGUGCAACCAGUUCUGACAGAAAUACCCCAUCUACUUUCCCACAGAAGUGUAUCAAAGCAGAUUUACAAUCAAAGAAGGGUCCAGACCCAAAACAUCAGUUUUCCUGCUCCUCUGAUGCUGCUUGGCCUGCUGUGUUCAUCCAGCUCUACACCCUGUUAUCUCAGAUUCUCCAGUGUCGGCAGUUCCUACUAUCUCUGAAUCAGAUUUACAAUCCAUACAUUUAUGGAAUUUGAUUGGUCAUUGGUCUGUAAUUCACUGCUUUUGUUCAUUAAAACUAUGAACAUUAAUCUGGGACAUAUACAAUCUGGUUCUAAUCGUUCACCCCUACAGUUGCCUGUAAAAAUUGAUUCUUGCAGUUUGGCAAAUAUUCACCAUGAUUUAUGUGGUUGAACAAGUUUAAACAGUUGUUGCUGUUCCUGUGUAACAUAAAAAUGGAACAUUUGAAUGACACUGUUCCGAUGGACAUCAAGUCAAACUGCGAAACACUUAUCCAACUUUCCAAUCUCAGUCAGGCACUGCACUGAGCCUGUGGCUGUUUUCUAUCACACUGCGCUCACUGAUCUCUGUAACUACAGUGCCUUAAUUUUGUUAAUAGUCCAUUGUUAUUCUUCAACAGAAGGUGCCAAAUGUUCCUCGGCACUACUUCAAAAGUAGGAGCAGAAGAUGGUAUCAAUUUCCAUUCUUGUAAAAUGAAAGUGAGCACUAGCUCCUCAACAAGUUAUGAGGCAAUGUAAUGGUUGCAAACUGAUGCCAGUCAGCAUUCUGCCUAAACAUAAACUCAUUAUAUGAAAGUAA